GACGAACAUGAAAUAAAAAAGCAUUUGAUAUCUGAUUUGUAUGCUCCAUUGCCAGAGUUGAGAGGAGGAUCGUUUGGUCGAACGAUCCACCUUGACAGUAUGUGGUUUAAGCAAAGUGUGACUGUCUCACAUAAGUUGAAAGGCGAUGCAAUAAUCUCGGAACAAUCUGUCAAGCUCGAAUCCUUAAUAAGGGAACGUGUACCUGUUGACACCGCUCUAGCAUUAGUCAUGAUACCUUAUGGGUACAAAAUAUUUCUGUUAGAGAAAUUCAAGAAAUACAAAAAUGUACCCUCUAAUUCCAACGAGCCAGAGUAA